GUCCCGGCUCCCGCCCGAGCAGGGUGGGCGCGGGGGCUGCUGCGAAGUGGGCGCGAAGGCAGCCGGGGGUGAGGCGGCCAUCGAGCCCUUCCGGAAGGGGAACGCAUCCUAGGUGCCAGGGAUGAAGAGGAGUGACCUUUGUGGAGGGAUCGAAACUGGAGGAAGGGGCGACUUGGGACUGAGCUGGAAUGGGUCGCCUGAGGAUGGGCGAAUGACAUGGAGGGAAAGAAGGAGAAAUCAGGAAGAUGCUGCCUGAACCGCACCUGAAACUCUCCUUCCUUCCUGUUUGGAAAUGAUUGGUACCCGAGACUUUGAUUUCGGUCCCAUUCAGUUUUUAAACUUCAGGAGAGAUCACAGAAUCUUGAUCCUCUUGCUUUCGUCACACCCACUUAGUCCUGCUUGGUUUCCUGGUGAUGACAUGGCAUCUGCCAGCUCCAGCCGGGCAGGAGUGGCCCUGCCUUUUGAGAAGUCUCAGCUGAUUUUGAAAGUGGUGUCAGCAAAGCCCAAGGUGCAUAGUCGUCAACCUCGAAUUAACUCGUUUGUGGAAGUGGCAGUGGACGGACUCCCCAGUGAGACCAAGAAGACUGGGAAGCGAAUUGGGAGCUCCGAGCUUCUCUGGAACGAGAUCAUCAUUUUGAAUGUCACGGCCCAGAGUCAUUUAGAUCUGAAGGUCUGGAGCUGCCACACCUUGAGAAAUGAACUGCUGGGCACCGCCUCCGUCAACCUCUCCAAUGUCCUGAAGAACAAUGGGGGCAAAAUGGAGAACACGCAGCUGACCCUGAACCUGCAGACUGAAAACAAAGGCGGUGUUGUCUCGGGUGGUGAGCUGACAAUUUUCCUGGACGGGCCCACUGUUGAUCUGGGAAGCGUGCCUAAUGGCAGUGCCGUGACGGAUGGUUCACAGCCACCUUCAAGAGAGUCCAGCGGGACAGCUGUCGCUCCAGAGACCCGGCACCAGCCUCCCAGCACAAACUGCUUUGGUGGGAGAUCCCGGACGCACAGACAUUCAGGUGGUUCGGCCAGAACAGCCACAACAACCGGCGAGCAGAGCCCCAGUACUAGCAGCCGGCACCACCAGCCCGUCAAGAACCCAAGCCACAGUGGCUUGGCCAAUGGCACAGUGAACGAUGAACCCACUGCAGCCCCUGAUCCUGAAGAACCCUCUGUUGUGGGUGUGACGUCCCCGCCUGCUGCAGCGUCGAGCGUGACCCCGAACCCCACCGCAGCGGCUCUCCCUGCCACGGCCACGCCGGCCGAGGGACAGGAGCCCAGCACUUCGGGCACACAGCAGCUCCCAGCCGCUGUCCAGGCCCCCGACGCUCUGCCUGCUGGAUGGGAGCAGCGAGAACUCCCCAACGGGCGUGUCUAUUAUGUGGACCACAAUACCAAGACCACCACCUGGGAGCGGCCUCUUCCUCCAGGCUGGGAGAAACGCACAGACCCCCGAGGCAGGUUCUACUAUGUGGAUCACAACACCCGGACCACCACCUGGCAGCGCCCCACCGCCGAGUACGUGCGAAACUAUGAGCAGUGGCAGUCGCAGCGGAACCAGCUCCAGGGUGCCAUGCAGCACUUCAGCCAAAGAUUCCUCUACCAGUCUUCGAGUGCUUCCUCUGACCAUGACCCAUUGGGCCCUCUCCCUCCUGGCUGGGAGAAGAGACAGGACAACGGACGGGUGUAUUACGUGAACCAUAACACACGCACUACCCAAUGGGAGGACCCUCGGACCCAGGGGAUGAUCCAGGAACCAGCUCUGCCCCCAGGGUGGGAGAUGAAGUACACCAGCGAGGGGGUGCGUUACUUUGUGGACCACAACACCCGCACCACCACCUUUAAAGAUCCUCGCCCCGGGUUUGAAUCUGGGGCGAAACAAGGUUCCCCUGGUGCCUACGACCGAAGCUUUCGGUGGAAGUAUCACCAGUUCCGUUUCCUCUGCCAUUCAAAUGCUCUCCCCAGCCACGUGAAGAUCAGUGUUUCCAGGCAAACUCUUUUCGAGGAUUCUUUCCAACAGAUCAUGAACAUGAAACCCUACGACCUGCGCCGCCGGCUCUACAUCAUCAUGCGCGGCGAGGAGGGCCUGGACUAUGGCGGUAUCGCCAGAGAGUGGUUUUUCCUCCUGUCCCACGAGGUGCUCAACCCCAUGUAUUGUUUAUUUGAAUACGCUGGGAAGAACAAUUACUGCCUGCAGAUCAACCCCGCCUCCUCCAUCAACCCUGACCACCUCACCUACUUCCGCUUUAUUGGCAGAUUCAUUGCCAUGGCUCUGUACCAUGGGAAGUUCAUUGAUACAGGCUUCACCCUCCCUUUCUACAAGCGGAUGCUAAACAAGAGACCAACCCUGAAAGACCUGGAAUCCAUCGACCCCGAAUUCUACAACUCUAUUGUCUGGAUCAAAGAGAACAACCUGGAAGAGUGUGGCCUAGAGCUGUACUUCAUCCAGGACAUGGAGAUCCUGGGCAAGGUGACGACCCACGAGCUGAAGGAAGGUGGUGAGAGCAUCCGAGUGACAGAAGAGAACAAGGAAGAGUACAUCAUGCUGCUAACUGACUGGCGUUUCACUCGGGGCGUGGAGGAGCAGACCAAAGCUUUCCUGGACGGCUUCAACGAGGUGGCCCCCCUGGAGUGGUUGCGCUAUUUUGAUGAGAAAGAGCUGGAGCUGAUGCUGUGCGGCAUGCAGGAGAUAGACAUGAGCGACUGGCAGAAGAACACCAUCUACCGGCACUACACCAAGAACAGCAAGCAGAUCCAGUGGUUCUGGCAGGUGGUGAAGGAGAUGGACAAUGAGAAGAGGAUCCGGCUGCUGCAGUUUGUUACUGGGACCUGCCGCCUGCCUGUUGGGGGCUUUGCUGAACUCAUUGGUAGCAAUGGACCACAGAAGUUUUGCAUUGACAAGGUUGGCAAGGAAACCUGGCUGCCCAGAAGCCACACCUGUUUCAACCGGCUGGAUCUCCCACCGUACAAGAGCUACGAACAGCUGAAAGAGAAGCUGCUGUAUGCCAUCGAGGAGACUGAGGGCUUUGGACAGGAGUAAUCGAGGCUGUCCCCUCCCAUGCCCCCCAGCGCACAUGUAAUCAUGAGUCCUCCCUGCCCAAGAGGCCGCUGGCCCCACAGCCCCCGGGAGGCCCCUGCAGAUGGUGGCCCUGCAUGGGACCACACUGUCAUCAGACUGGUGGCAGCAGAGCCUGACCUCAAGAGGCCCUGCCUGCUCCUCCCUCCUACCCACUGGUAGCAGUCUGGAAUAAAGCCCCCACGUCACCUUUGGCCCCAUCACCCAUUGCAAAGUCUGGAGGGCUGACCCUCUUUGCAGAGCUCACCUUUCUCCCCUGAGACCAACCCUAGGCAUGUGUGAGUGUGCAAGGGAGGGGCCGCGUCAGAAGCCCUGGGCCUCACAGGCUGGUUAGAUAAGGAGACCAGCCAUUUGGGGUAGCCAUUCUGGGCUGAGAAAGCCCAGGGUCUUUGCCAGUAAAAGAGGUUCUGUUUUAUAUAGAACUUUUCCGGUGAGAUGUACAAAUGAAGGUCUGAGGGAGAGGAGCUCUGGAUCAGGGCUGCCUCGCAUCCCUCCCUAGCUGGCUCUCCACUGGAGGCUGAGCAGCAAGGCCCCUCCCUCCACUCAGUGCUGGCUAGUUUGUUCUCUCCAGCAGAGAAAGGGUCAUACCAGCUGCUUGGGUGUCAGUGGGAUGAAAACAGCAAACUCCCUCAGACUUUCUUUUCCCUUUUUCAUGAACUUGAAGCGUUUGGUGUG